UAGACGCAGUCACUGGAAACAGAGGACCGUCACUGGAACAAUGCUGUUUGCUGCUCUGCUAUUGAUCUCUGUGAUUUCAAAUUCAUUGGCGCAAGUUUCCAAGAUGGUGAUACGAGCAGGAGUGGGAGAAACAGUCACAAUGGAAUGUCCACAUGCGCCGGAAUGGAGAAACAUAGUCUGGUGUAAAGCAUACUCCUCAAGACAUUGCACUAUCAUAGUGGGAACUGUCACCCAUAAAGCCGAUAGAAGAACAUCAAUCAAAAGACAGAAUGGAUCUGUCUUUGUAACUAUGAGAGAACUUGUGGAGAACGAUUCAGGGAUAUACUCAUGUGGAUAUUUAGAUUUUCAGCACACUGUUCAUGAUUCAGACAUUGUAUUGCUCAAGGUUACCACAGCAGGUUCAUGGACAGCAGACAAUACCACGGUGAAGGGUGUGAUGCAAACUGCCACCAGCCUACACUGCCACUAUGAGCAGCAAUUUAAAUCAUAUGAGAAUUUCCUGUGUAAAGUAACCUCUGUGAAUAGGUGCAGUGUGAUAGCUAGCUCUGAAUACAGCAGCAGAAACCUAACAAUCAUCGUAAACAAUUCCACUGAUUUUGCUGUCACCAUAAAGCAGACCAACGAAGGAGAUAAAGGAGAGUACUGGUGUGGGGUAACACGCACGGUUUACUUUGAGAUUGUGCAGAUUAAAAUCCUGGAGAUUUUUGAAGCAACAAUAAAAAGACCAGAAGUUUCUAAAGACAGAAAAAGCAGCGGCCCACAGAUAUGGUACAUUUUGGUUCCACUUCUGCUGGGACUAUUGGUCUUACUUCUGAUAGUUCUACUUAUAAAGAUUAGAAGAAGACCAUUGAAAACAGUCACUCCUACAAAUAAUAACAGGAACCCAGAAACUUCGACUACAGCCAAGUUUGAAAAAGAAGCUGAAGAUACUGUUACCUAUUCCACAAUCACCAUUCAGCCUUCCACUCAGACUGAAGGAAGUUCGGCAAUUUAUUCCAAUACGAAGGAUCUGAAAGCGCAAAAUGGAGAUGUCGAGAUCCAUUCAUCGGAAUCAGUAGAAUAUUCUGCCCUGUUAUUUAGAUCCUAGUGCAAAUAUGGCACCAUUCAGUUUUCUAGAAAUAUUGUCUUAAGUUAAGAUCAUUCUUCGAAAUAUUUGCAUUACAGAAACUUCAAAGUUAAUUUUAAUUAAUGAAUAAUAUGUAAAAAGAAUUUGCCCAAGAUCUAGAGAACACCAAAAUAUACUAGGGCUUUAAUCUUUGCUUAUCUUUCAUCGAACCCUGAAAACUUGAAGUCAUCCACAUCUCUGUUAACCAUGUCUUAACCUGCACUAGAAAGACUCCAGACACUGAAACCAGAGCAAAGUGCUUUAGAGUUCCAGUGCCUCAGCCACUGUAGGUCAGGCAGCUUCAAUGGAAAGGAAUAAACAGUAAUUAUUUCCACCUGACAUCCUCCAUCAGGACUGGAAAGGAAGAGGGCAGAAGUUAGAAUAACAGGGUGGGAGGGGGAUAGAAGCACAAGCUGGUGGGCGAAGGGUGAAUCUAGGUGAGGGGGUGAGGUGGAGCAGGGAGUAGAAAAGGGAACAAUGUGAGGAGCUGGUAGAUAAUAGUGAAAGGGGCAAAGGACUGAUACCAGCUUCUCACAUCAUUCACCUAUCUGAAUUCAUCUAUUGCCUGCCAGCUUGUAUUCCUUCCCUUAUCCCCACCUUUCUAUUCUGGCUUCUGCCUCCUUCCUUUCCAGUUCUAAUGAAAGGUCUCAAUCUGAAACAUCGAUUGUUCAUUUCCCUCCAGAAAUCUGCCUGACCUGCUCAGUUUCUCCAGCACUUGAUCUGAGAUAUCCUAACAAAACACUGUGCCCCUCUCACCCUGCCUCACUAACUCAUAGUGCCUCCUGAUCAAGUAUUACAAGUUAGAAGUUCCCAUCCUUAUUUUGCCUCAUUAACCUCAGUCUUUCCCACAUCUUUGCUCCUCCUGCUCCACCAAGAUCUCUUGCACACCCCGAAAAUUAAUCUCCCUCCUUUGUCUCUUGGAAAACUAAAGCUUUCACCCAGCUUUUCAUCAUCUGCCCUAAUGCCCUCAUAUGGAAAUACUGUACCUCCAGGAAGGUGGGUGUAUUCAUCAUCUUUGAUUGAUAAUACUCAUGUGUAUCCCUUGGGAUAUUCCUGGUGCAUUAAAGCUUCUACAUUAGUAGGAAUAGUCACUGUUUCUUUUCUCCAUGUUCUCCACCUUCCUGGAAGACAGAAUAAAUAACUACCGUCAUUUCAUUCCCGCAUAGACUAGUAGACAGAAGCAUUUCAAUUCCACAAGAGAUUCUGCGGAUGCUGGAAAUUUUUAUUUUAUUGAGAUACAGUGUGCAACAGGCUCUUCUGGCCCUACAAGCUGCGCUGCCCAGCGGCCACCUCUUUACCCCCAGCCUAAUCACGGGACAGUUUACAAAGACCAACUAACCUACCCACUGUGGGAGGAAACUGGAUCACCCAAAGAAAGCUCAUGCAGUCAUGGGGAGAGCGUACAAACUCCUUACAGACAGCGGCGGGAAUUAAACCUGGGUCACUGGUACUGUAAAGCAUUGUACUAACCAUUCCACCGCCAUGCCCAGAAAAACACACACAACGUGCUGCAGGACAUCAGCAAGUCAAGCAGCAUCUAUGGAAAUGAAUAACAAGUCAACAAUUCGGGCAGAGACCCUUCUUCAGGACUCACCCAUUUGAACAUAGAAUAGUACAGCAUAAUACAGGCCCUUCAGCAAACAAUGUUGUGCUGACCUUUUAACCUAUUCCAUGAUCAAUUUAGCAGAUCUAUCGACAUUAUUAAGUGAAAUAUCUUCCAACAAUUCCUCACCUUGGAUUUACUAACCUCAUCAAUUUCAUCCUCUGAAAUACUAAUUAUUGGACAAACAAGAGAGCAAACAAGUUCCCUAUGUCCACAGAUCGCUGACUAAUAUCAGUCUUGUUCAGUAAAAGUGCCCCUAUGGGUGAAAGCCAUCUUCAGUAACAAACUGGGAUUGCCUAUGUGUUGGGAAAUGUAAGAGCUGGUUGUUGGCCUAAAGGAGCAAGGGGGUAGGGAGCAGACACAACACAUCCUCAUCAUCUGAACUUCUGUAGAAAUGUAAGGACAGCUUCAAGUCCCUAGGCAUCUGUAUCACCUAAUCCCUCAAAACUGAUGUGCUGAUCUAGGAAUCAUAUCAGCACUUUCUUAGAUAUCUGAUUCUCUUGAACUUUUGCAGGUGUAUGUAGUAUAUGUAAUAUUUCAGUAAUCUUUGAGUAACCUUGUAAAUAUAUAGUUGUAUGUAAAAGUACAUAAAUUGCAUACAUUAUCAUGUUACCAUGUGAUAAUGUGUGUGCUUUGCUUAAAGUAAAACACAA